AUAUGGCGACGCCUAUCUGUCUAAAAAUAGAGUAUCAUUUCAAUGAGAAUUUCGGAGAAAAGAGGUAUUAUAACUUUCAAUUAAGGAAUCACAGAUGGAUAAGAAACCUUCAAAUACAUAAUUAUACUAUAUGUAUGUAUAUAAUAAUAAUUAUCGUAAAUAGACAAAUUUGUUGUCAAAUAUAGGAACUGAAAUUGUAGCCUAUCUUGAAGGCGUGGAUCAAAUAUUAACUGAUUCAUCAAUAUUAUGGCGUCAGUAUUGAUCUUAGAUUUGAGAUAUUGUAAUUAUCCCAACAGAUGCUUGAAAGAGAAUGAGAUUUCGUGGGAUAAGUCGCCUCUUAGGAACUGCAAUAGUGCUGCUUAUCCUAUUGAUAUAUUUGAUAAACUUCCAUACCACUGAAGAAAAAAAUGAGAGAGAAGAUUUUAAAUUAAGAGAGAUACAACCAUCAACUAUAAAAUUUCAUGUCGAUGAUCAACAUGCCAUCAGUCCCACAAGAAAAUUUACACCGAAAAUUGUUCUCAAACCAAUUGAGAAAAGCAAUGAUUCUUCUUUAUCAAAAUUUGCUAGCAAUAUGACUGUUUUAAAAGCCAAUCAUUCUCAUUUACACUCCUUCAUCAAAGGAAUUAAUGAGACAUUAAACGAAUCUGAAAUUCGUAAUCCUCACCCAUUUAAAUACAUCAUUAAUUCAAAAAGCAUAUGUCAAAUUGAUGACUUAUUCCUCCUGGUAUAUGUUCAUACAGCCAUAAAACACGUUAAACAACGGAUGGUAAUUCGACAAACUUGGGGAAAUCCAAAGCAGUAUGAAUUAAAAAUAAGAGUCGUAUUUGUUCUUGGAAAGAGUGCAGAUGAUAAUAAGGUGUGCAUUUUGAAACUUUUUAUUCUUAUGUAUUUUAGACCUAAAGUUAAAACUGAUUCACUGAACCUUUGAAUUUUCGAAAAAAAAGCAAAAUGCAAAUAUUAGAUUUUACAAAGGCAGUGUGGAUAUAAAUUGUUAUGUAAAUAUAUUGUUGAUAAUAAUACUACUACUAACCGACAUUACUUCUUUCAGAAUAUUCAAGAGGCCUUGCUUUACGAAGCUCAAAUGUAUAAUGAUAUAGUUCAAGAAGAUUUUGUGGAUGCCUAUAAAAAUUUAACCUAUAAGGGAGUAGCAGCUUUAAAAUGGGUAACAACUCAUUGCAGGAACUCAAAGUAUGUUCUGAAGGCUGACGACGACAUGUUCGUCAAUAUGUUUACGUUGCUAAGGCAUUUAUCGAGUUACUAUCGAUUUGGAACAUACCGAAAUGAUUUAAUACUUUGUCUAGUCUGGGGUAGGAUGAUAGUAAUGAGAACAGGGAAAUGGGCAGUAAGCGAAAAAGAGUUUCCUGGAAAGUACUAUCCAACAUAUUGCUCUGGUAGUGCGUUUACACUCAGUACCGACGUAGCUGUUAAGCUUUACUAUGCAAGUUAUACAGUUCCUUUUUUCUGGGUUGACGACUUCUACAUCACUGGUUUACUUCCACUCAAGUUGAAGUUAAAACACAAACAAUUUAUGAGUACAUAUGUUCUAGAUGGGCGUAAGCUACAGGAAAAGUUUAAUGGUCCUCAGUGGUACACAUACGUUUUUUCUCAUGUUCAUGACUUAAGCUCCAUUCAAAGAGUGUGGAAAAGUUUGCUAAAGUUAGCAAACGGAGAAGUACAGCCUAAUAUCAAAUAUAUACAAGUUAAUUCGUCGCUUAAUGCGUUCUAA